UCUAAUCGUUGACCGACAAUCCAAUAAACUAAUUGAACCAAAUACCGAGUUAUAUAACGCUUUCUGAAUGUUGAAAAUUAAAUUAUACGAAUACAGGUACUCGAUAACAUAUUCAAAAUUUAAGAUUGUCUCUUUGGUCUAAAGUGACAGUAUAUAAAAGGGUGUUUAUUUCUAUGUUCGUGCAGUUGACUCAGCAAUUGCUAUCAGAACUUACGUAGUAUCAUGAGGAAAUUCAUAGUUGUAAUAGCUGCCAUAUUAGUAGUAGCAGAAGCUCAAUACCACGAAUACGAACACAAAGAACAAGGAAAAGGAGGAUUUGGUGGAUCAAAAUUCAUCACCCCUGUGGAUAUACACCAUGAGCAGGCUGUACACUUAAAGGCACACCCAGAAUACCACUACGACUACCACGUAGCAGACCACAAACACAAAGACUACAAGAGCAAACACGAAGAAAGAGAUGGUUACAAAGUGAAGGGUAGCUACAGUCUUCUUGAACCUGACCAUAAAACCAUCAGGGUUGUGGAUUACGUCUCAGACAAAAAAACUGGUUUCAUCGCUAAAGUAUCCUACAAAAAACACCAGUAGGAUGAUUUGAUCUGGAUAUAUUGAUUGUGAAUUAUUUUCGAGUUGUCGAUUUGUUUUUAUUUUAGUAUGUUAUGGAAGGAGUCAACAAGUUUUUGUUAUGUAAAUAUUAUAAUAAAAUAGUUUCUACCUUAUGUA